AUGAGUGAGUGUCUGGAUUCUCUCUUUACUUCCCUAGAUGACGCGAUUGCGAGAGAAAGCAAAGAGGAGAAUCCUCAGCUGAAGCUAGACACAGAAAAGAAACUAGACACACAUGCCGGCCCCAUUAACUGUCGGAGGCCACGCGGCAGAGAAAAUCACUAUCAAUGUACAGAAUGUAGGAAAAGCUUCAGUGUUCAUUCGGCGCUGAUCAAACAUCAGAGAAUCCACACCGGAGAGAAACCCUAUCAGUGCAGUGAAUGUGGGAAAAGCUUCAGUGUAAGCUCGACGCUGGUUACUCAUCAGAGGAUCCAUACGGGGGAGAGGCCCUACAAAUGCGUGCAGUGUGGGAAGAGCUUCAAUCAAAGCUCACACCUCACUCAGCAUCAGAAGAUCCACACUGGAGUGGGGCCCUAUAAAUGCGCUGAAUGUGGGAAAAGCUUCAAUCGGAGCUCCACUCUCUACAACCACAACAGGAUCCACACGGGAGAGAAACGCUACAAAUGUGAUGAGUGUGGGAAAAGCUUCAGUGUGAGCUCCAACCUCAUCAGGCAUCAGAAAAUCCACACAGAGCAGAGACCCUAUAAGUGUCUUGAAUGUCGUAAGAGCUUCAGCCUGAGCUCAGAUCUGGAAGCGCAUCAGAGGCUUCACCUGGGAGAGAAACCCCACAAAUGUUCUGAGUGCGAGAAAAGCUUUGAUCAGGAGUUGCAGCUCCUGAAACAUCAGCGAGUUCACGCUGGGGAAAACUCGUAUGAAUGUGUGGAGUGUGGGAAGAGCUUUAGUAGGAAGGGGAACCUCCUGAGACACCAGGAGAUCCACACUGGGGACAAACCCUACCAGUGUAAUGAAUGUGGGAAAAGCUUCAGCCGGAGUUCGUCGCUCAUGCAGCAUCAGCGGAUCCACACUGGAGAGAAACCCUACAGCUGCAUCGAAUGUGGCAAGAACUUCAGCUUUAGCUCCCAGCUCACCACCCACCAGCGGAUCCACACAGGGGAGCGGCCCUACAAAUGUAACGAGUGUGGGAAAAGCUUUGUGGAUAGCUCGGGUCUCAUUCAGCAUCGGAGAAUUCACACGGGAGAGAAGCCCUACCAGUGCACUGAGUGUGGGAAGAGCUUCCGGCAGAACUCGGUGCUGAUUCAACACCGGAGAACCCACACCGGUGACAAGCCCUUCGAGUGCGGGGAGUGUGGGGAACGCUUUAGCCAGAGCUCCACGCUGAUCACACAUCAAAGGAUUCACACUGGGGAGCGGCCCUACCACUGCAGCGAGUGCGGGAAGAGCUUCAGCGAGAGCUCGCACCUCACGCAGCAUAGGAGAAUCCACACGGGGGACAAGCCCUACAAGUGCGGUGAGUGUGGGAAGAGCUUCAUUCAGAGCUCGCAGCUCACCACCCACCACAGGAUCCACACAGGAGACAAACCCUACCAGUGCCACACCUGUGGGAAGAGCUUCAGUGACAGCUCGGCACUCACCCAGCAUCAGAGAGUCCACACCGGGGAGCGACCGUACCAGUGCACGGAAUGUGAGAGGAGCUUCAGCCAGAGCUCGGCCCUGGUGCAGCACUGGAGGAUCCACACUGGAGAUAAGCCCUAUGAGUGCACCGAGUGCGGGAAAACUUUCAGCCAGAGCGCAGGGCUCACUCAGCACCGGAGCACCCAUGCGGGAGAGAGACACUGA